AUGACUGAUAGCCCUUUACAAUUUGGUAGCAUCCUAGAACAAGUAAAUAUUAGAAACGAAUCUACAAAACUAGAAAAAGAACCGUCUCUACAUUAUUUGUCCGAAAAAUCAAUUUUACUUUACAAAGUUCCAGAUGAAAUUGUACAUGCCCCUACACCAUCUUCAACUCCAAAGCAGCUCAUUACCGAUUGCUAUACUACCAUUUUACCAAAUUUUCCUGAAAGCAUCCAAAAUAUUAAAAUCCCUUACGUUAGAGAAGUGGGUAUCCGAGAUGCCAUAGCCUCGUUGGCGCCGUUUUUCAAAUGUGACGAUUACAAAAAUAAUUUAGUACAAUUUUGGUUUCUGGAUAUCAUAGUGGAUUGCUUAUGGAUAUCCCAAGACGAAUACAGAUUCUCGAUUUCACAUCAGAAAUGCAUUUUAGAAUGGCUACUUUUUGUGUUCAAGCUUAUUAGCAGCGUUUGCAUGACUAAAACAUUACUGUUUGAAAUAUUUUACGAAGCAAUGGCUAUAGCGGAAGUUUAUGUCCAGGCUGGAGGUGAAAAAGAACCUUUACCGAAUAUGUUAUUCACUCUUAACCUAAAUGGUACAGACAGUCAUGAGGAAUUAAGUCUGGGUUCGUCCUCAACUAUGGAAAAUAAAUCUUCAACAGAGUUGAAACCCUCAAAUGAGUAUUUUGUGAUCAAAUCUGGAGAAUCAUGUCAGGUUUUCAAAUUACCAAUCAAAGAAGCACCAGCAGUUGAUUGCUGCGACUUCUCUAUAAGUUCGAUUUCAGAUGAACCACUUUCAGUAGAAGAACAACUCGAAGUUCUUACUAAUAAAAUUUCAGAGGAAUCCGACAUAGAUUUCUAUAAAGUUGAUUAUUCAACUCCACCAAGAUUUAAAUCUCUGCAAGAGCUCGACAAAUCUAUUUCUAUCGAGAGCGAUUUGAAUUAUCCUAAUGAUGAUUCUAGUGAAAGUAUUAUUGGUGAUUGGUAUGAUAUUCCCAGAAAGGAACCUGUACCAUUGUGUCCUAGUAAAACAAUCACUGAAAUCUUAUCCCCAGAUGACCAAGAACACGACGAAGAAAUAUCACGCGAGCAAAGUUUUCGCAAAUCAACCAAACAAAAAGGUGAAAAAAAUGAAACUAACGAUAAUCAUGCAAAACCUAGCGUAGAUGGAAAUAUUAUCGAAGAUUCUGGAUCUCCUCAAGAUAUUUUUAAAGCUUUUUAUGAUUAUAAUUUAUGGAAACUUAAAAAUGAAUUCAUGGAUAAUUCAAAAAUAGGCUGGACCUCGUUAAGUAGCGAAGAAACUGUACAGAGUUCCCAUAAAAGUGAUAAAAAUAUACCCGAUAUUAACUUAAAGCAAAGGACUGCUGAAAAUGAAAAAGAAAUUUUCAUAAAGUCUUGCCUGUUAUUGGCAAUAAAACAAAUAGUUCAGGAUUAUUUUGAAAAUAAUUUCACUUUUGAACUAAUAAGAAUUUCUUUAACAAACCCUCAAUUUCUCAUUACACAAGAUUUGAAUGUUUAUUGGAAUAUUCCGAAAGUUAUUAAGGGAGAACUCAAAAAGCCUAUGCCUAAAAAAAUGAAAAAAGAAAAGCCAAAGAAAGAGCCCAAGACCAAAAAAGAGAAAUCGACUAAAGGCGCAACGAAAAGUGCCAAAGACAAGAAAAGUAAAAAAUCUGAUAAAAAACUCAAGGCAGACAAAAAAAGUAAAGUUUCUUCUAAAAGCGGCAAAAGUAAAAAGCAGACACUAUCAAAAGAAGAACAAAAAGAACACGAAAGACAAAGAAAAGAACAAGAAGCACUUGAAAUGGAAUUAUUUAAGCAAGCAGAAAAUACAAUGUUUAUGUUUCCUUUAAAAGAAGCUGUUGACGAAAUCUUUUUCACACGAAUAUUUCCAAAUUUUAAGAAGAAAGGCGCAGCAAAAACUGCUAAAAAUAAUGAAGAAUCUUCGAAAAAGUCUGAAGAUAAAAAAUCUGGAAAAAAAGAUAAGAAAAAGAAAAAGAAGCAAUAACGUUCAUUUAUUAUUAAAUAAAUUUUCAAUUUUCAAAAGAAAAGUGUUAUGAUAAAGUAACCUUAAUUAAAGUAAGCGGCAGUUAGUUUAGUAAUUUAUCUUUUACGGCCUAAUUGAAUAGAGCUUAAAAUUCUAAUCGGUGCUCACUGGGGCUCUCUAAUCGUUCCUAUAGAGUCAAUUAUAAAUGAAAGAGGAGAUUUUAAUUAAGUUAAUUUCUAUUUUUGUAUUAUCAAUAAUUUUAAUAAUAGAACUGUCUUCUUGGGGUCUAUUAUACAAUGGGUACCUAUACAACUCACUCAUUAUUUUGACACUCUCGGACACGUCGAUUUUAUAUGUUUAUUAGGUAUAGGUGUGUUUUUUUA